GUCUUGUUGCCGUCAACGCCAUGGGGCAGAGCAAACCUAGCCAGGAGAGCUACUGCAUCAUCACUCUCAGGGAAGAGCCUGAAGGGAAGCCAGUGUUCACAUCGGCCCACAACACCUCAUCGUCGUCCAUAGAGCUGCACUGGAAGCCUCCUCCCCUGAACACAAUCCACGGCGAGUUCCUUGGCUACAAACUGACGCUGCAGCCGCGCUACGAUGACGUCACCAAUCCACCGCCUCCCAACGUGCUCCGUGACACCAUCGAGAUAGAGAUUAAGGAUCCCAAGAGAACGAGCACUGUAAUUCAAGGCCUGAAGACCUUCACGCAAUAUCUCGUGUCGCUGCGCGUCUUCAACCCCACGGGCGCAGGCCCCAACGCUACCGUCGCUGUCAUGACCGACGAAGGCAUCCCCAGUCCUCCGCUGAACUUGACAGUGACGCGCAUCGAGGACACAACCGUUGAGCUGUCGUGGCUGCGGCCUCGUCAUCCCAAUGGAGAGAUACGCGGCUACCGCAUCUUCUACAUGCGCGGCAACUUUACCAGCGUCCGCACCGCGCAUGUCCAUGGCGAUGAGCCCUCCAAGACUUUCAAACUCACUGAAAUGGAACCGCUGUCUCACUACAAAGUGUGGGCUAAGGCCUUCACGCCGGGCCACGAGGGCAACUCUUCAGAGCCCGUGAACGUAACAACGGAUGCGUCGGGUCCCGGUGCUCCCUUUAUAUCGAACCUGACCUGCCAGAGCGAGACGUCCCUUUACCUUCAGUGGCACCGGCCUGGUCAGGUCUACGGCAAAGUGGACCUUUACUACAUCCAUUAUAAACCUGAGGGCAGCAAUGAAUUUGAGGAGGUCGCUGUUUACUCCGUCAACAACAGGCUAGAGCAUAAUUUUCUGAUAACGAACCUGACUUCGAACACAUUCUACGAAGUGAAGGUCCGAGGUGGCACCUACUCGAGGUUCUACAGCGAAAACAACCUCACAUACAAGGGGCCGUCCUCGGCAGCAUCCAAGAUCUUGUUGUACCCCAACUGCCACGAGGCGCCUACUUCGUUCUUCGGUGGCAGUCCUGGCUCGUUUAUCGGACUGGAGCUGAGGAGUGGCAUCUUGGCAGGUGCCAUCUGUGCCGCCUUCGCGCUCUGUCUCAUCCUCAUCGCCAUGCUCAUCUGGAGCAGGCGUUUCUUCAACGGCUCGUACUACUACCUCGACGAGCCAUCCAAGAGCGCGCCGCUGCUGCUGUGCACGGACUGGGAGAACGACACUGGAGGCGACGGUGCCUACGGUCCCGUGGCUGUACAGGACUUUGCUCAGCAUGUACAACGCCUGCAUGCUGACGGCGAUAUCGGCUUCUCGAAAGAAUACGAGGCGAUACAAGCGGCCUCCACGACAGAAUCUCUCUCAGCUGAGCACUCCCAUCACCCCGACAACAAACAGAAGAACAGAUAUCUGAAUAUUGUUGCUUAUGACCACACCCGCGUGCCGCUGAGGCCGUUGCCCGGCCAGUCGAAGCGUUCAUCGGUGCUGGAGUACGUGAAUGCGAACUACAUCGACGGGUACGACAAGGCGCGCGCCUACAUCGGUACGCAGGGACCUCUGCCCUCGACGUUCGAUACGUUUUGGCGCAUGGUGUGGGAGCAGCGCGUCUCCAUCAUCGUCAUGAUUACCAACCUCGUCGAGAGGGGCAGAGAAAGCAUAAAAAAACAACCCAAACUUGCUUCCCAGUGCCUCGAGAAGAAGUGCGACCAGUAUUGGCCGAAGGAAGGCACAGAAACCUACGGACUGAUCCAGGUGCGCCUCGUACAGGAGGACGUGCUUGCGACCUACACCAUCAGGAAAUUUGCCAUUCGCCACAUGAAGGUGAAGUGCACCAAGUCGGGUAGCGUGGAGCGCACGAUCUUGCAGUACCACUACACGAACUGGCCGGACCACGGCACCCCCGACCACCCCCUCCCCGUGCUGGCCUUCGUCAGGAUCAGUGCUGCCGCUAACCCUGACAACGCGGGCCCUAUCAUCGUUCACUGCAGCGCUGGCGUAGGCAGGACGGGCACCUACAUCGUGCUGGACGCAAUGCUACGUCAAAUUAAGAGCAAAGGCAAGCUCAACAUCUACGGCUUCCUCAAGCACAUCCGCCUACAGCGGAACUUUCUUGUGCAGACAGAGGAGCAGUACAUGUUCCUGCACGACGCGCUGGUGGAGGCCAUACAGUGCGGCAACACGUGCGUGCCGGCAGGCAGCAUCAGCCGAUACAUCGCCUCCCUGCAGGCCGCUGGUGGGCCGGAACACACGCCUUGGUUCCUGUUACAUCAUCAGUUCAAAAUGGCGACGCAGUUCACGCCUGAGGAGUAUAACGUCAUCAGCGCCGUGAAGCCUUGCAACCGCCACAAGAACCGAACAUCGCACCUCCUACCCAUGGAGAACGCCCGGGUGCACCUCACACCUAAGGCUGCAGUGGAUGGAUCAGAUUACAUGAACGCCACGUGGCUGAUGGGAUAUCAACGAUUAAAGGAGUUCAUCAUCACGCAACAUCCUGUGCAACAAACCAUCCUGGACUUCUGGCAGAUGGUAUGGGACCACAACGCGCAAACCAUUGUACUUCUGAACGCCGUCGACGAGGAGACUGGCCUCUACCCUCAGUUCUGGCCUAACCAGCACGAGGACAUCGAUUCAGAAAACUGGAAGGUGCGUUACUUGGAGGAGCGCGUGCACUCUGGCCAGGCGACCGUAGAAGUUGCAGUGCAGAGCCUACAGGACGACUAUGAGCUCCCCGUGAGACUCGUGAUGGCGCCUGGCUGGCCUGACACGUUGCCUGCCCUCGCCACCACCCUCAGCCUCGUCACGCAACUCCAUGAGGCACAUCAGAACUACCAGAACGGACCCCUUGUUGUCGUUGACAGGACGGGUGGAACUGAGUCAGCGAUGUUCUGCCUUCUUACAACCCUCAAGAGUCAGUUGGAGUACGAGAAAUGUGUCGACCCAUUCCUUUACUUUAAACUUUACCACAACAGAAGACCAGGCAUCUGGAACUCUCAAGAUGACCUUCUAUUCAUAUACCGAGCGAUGGAGUCACACAUUGGCUCUCAGUGCUCAUUGAAUGCGUCGAGCAGCAGCAGCUGUGAUCUGGCAGGACUCUCUGACCCGGUGAUCUGCCCUAUGCCUAAUAUGACCGUGAUCCCGUCCAGCUUACCCUCACUCACUGUCAUUCCUUCUACUCUACCCUCAGUCAUACCCUCAUCUUUGCCCAACUCGCUGUCCCUGCAACAGCCCUGUGAUCUCAUCCCUACUUCUGUGAGCGGCUCAGGCACGGAUCUCACGCCUCCUCAAACUCCUCUACAAACGCAGGCUAAUGUCAUAAGUGCAGCCGCAGCUAACGCCUCUCAUUGCCUUGCGGCUGCCAACACUUGUUUACAGGAUCAAAGUCUCCAACAAAUGCCACAGCUUUAUCAUCAACCUAUCGUGCAGCCGUUAACUUCACCGGUUGACCUACAGAAUGCUGCAUUACAGCAGCAGAUGCACCAACAUCAGCUGCAUCAACAGAAACUGCAGCAGCAAGUCAAUCCCGCGCUCAUUUCGUCUCCGGUUAGCACACUAACGCGCAACCGGACUAUGAGUCCAGUACCUCUUUCAUCGCCUGGCAUGCUUAACACUUGCGGUAAUGGCGUGUCCCCCUUAACGGUUUUGCCCCCUAACGGAUGCCCGGGUAACGGAUUUCCGCGAAAUAACGGCUUGCAAGCGCCAAUGACGGGCUCCGACAAUGGCUCACACGCGCGAGUCUCACCCGAAGGGCGUGAGGAUCUACCCCUGACCAGUGAUAGCGUGCCUCUCGAACUGGCGCCCCUGCCGCCCGUGUGAUAAAAACUUCCGCAUUUCACUUCUUCCUUCAUCUGCUCUCGUCCCCAGUUCCGGGCUUUAGCCACCAGUUCCGGGCUUUAGCCACCAGUUCUGGGCUGACAUUUUCAGUUAAUGUUUCAUCGUCGCUAAUUUCAUACAACGUUUUAGCUUCUUCAGUUUACAUGUCUCAAUUACUCGACAACUGAAAUUUUAAGGCAAUAUAAUCAUGACGAAUAAGAAAGAUUCGAUGCACUUUUUUCUUUUGGCGACCGAAUGCUGAAAGUGUAACAAUUCAAAUCUUGAUACUUCCUUUCGCAAUAAAAAUAUUAGGAGUCGUCCCAU